UAUAUUCGAAGCUUGACGUGUACUUGUCUAGAUUUUAAAAAACAUAUUUUAAAUUCAUUGAACGCACUGAAACUACUUUUGCGGCUGCUACGAACCAAUCAAUCAAGAGAAACUUCGGACACGACAAACAAAUAAUUUGCGCGUCUGUCUGCCCCUUAAAAAAAUAUCAAAGAUAUUAAUACAAACCCCACAUGAAUUUUAUUUAAUAACAUACGACUAAUAAAAAACGUCACGUCACUAAACCUAAACCUAACUAGUACGUCUAUGCUCAACGACUAUGGGUGCCAACGUAUCUCAGCUGGAGCGAGAGAUCGGGUCGGACCUGUUUCCGCCUAAUGAGCACUACUUUGGGCUCGUAAAUUUUGGUAAUACGUGCUACAGUAACUCAGUGCUGCAAGCACUAUACUUCUGCAAACCCUUCCGCGAGAAGGUCCUUGAGUACAAAGCCAAGAAUAAGCGGCCUAAGGAGACGCUGCUCUCGUGCCUGGCGGACUUGUUCUACAGCAUAGCCACACAAAAGAAGAAAGUGGGCUCGAUAGCGCCCAAAAAGUUUAUUACACGCUUGCGAAAAGAGAAGGAGGAGUUUGAUAAUUACAUGCAGCAGGAUGCUCACGAGUUUCUCAACUUUCUGAUCAAUCACAUUAACGAGAUUAUAUUGGCAGAACGCAAUACAGGCAAGCAUGUAGUUGGCGGUGCUGUUAGUGCCUCGGUUAGUGCCGGCCCACCAAGCAGCACUACCAAAUCCAGCUCAUCUAACUCCACAUCGACGUCAACUUCAAACUCGACCACAACAAAUGGUAACUGCAGCAACUCCACGGGGUCUCUCAAUGGCACCAGCAGCGGCGUAUUAGAUGUCAGCGGUGGCAGCGUUACUGCCAUUACUACACCCAUUACGCUAACAAAUGGCGCCAAUUCGGAGCCUACCUGGGUACACGAGAUCUUUCAGGGAAUCUUAACGUCGGAGACGCGUUGCCUUAAUUGCGAGACUGUGAGCAGUAAGGACGAGAAUUUCUUUGAUUUGCAGGUGGACGUCGAUCAGAAUACUUCGAUAACACACUGCUUGCGCUGCUUUAGUAACACAGAGACGCUUUGUUCCGAUAACAAGUUCAAGUGCGACAACUGCUGCAGCUAUCAGGAGGCCCAGAAGCGUAUGCGGGUCAAAAAACUGCCCAUGAUACUGGCGCUCCAUUUAAAGCGUUUCAAGUACAUGGAACAGUUCAAUCGGCACAUUAAAGUUUCUCAUCGCGUCGUCUUUCCGCUUGAACUGCGAUUGUUUAAUACAUCUGAUGAUGCCGUCAAUCCGGAUAGACUUUACGAUUUGACCGCUGUCGUCAUACACUGCGGAUCAGGACCCAAUCGGGGUCACUAUAUUAGCAUUGUGAAGAGUCACGGAUUGUGGCUGCUGUUCGACGAUGACAUGGUCGAUAAAAUUGAAGCCUCAACCAUCGAGGAUUUCUACGGCUUAACCUCGGACAUACACAAAUCUUCAGAGACAGGCUACAUAUUAUUUUAUCAGUCCCGUGAUUGCGCUGCUUAAGACAUUGCAAUUCAUGUCUAGUUGUGAGCUCUGUUUAAUUUAAAUAAAUUUAAAAUACAAACAUUGUAAUCCUGACUCAUUGUACCGUCUGAAUAUUAAUUUUCUAUCAUAUUUAAUAAAUAACGUUAUAUGCAAAA